GUCUGCAGGCGCACAGACAGCAGGCAGCAGCUGCGGCGACAGCACCCGUCACACCGCCUUCAAACAUCCACCUUAGCACUCUCAGCUUAGAGAAACCCCAGCGGGCAGCACCACCACCGGCCUUUAAAAUGGUAGACCGCGAGCAACUGGUGCAGAAAGCCAGGCUGGCCGAGCAGGCGGAGAGGUAUGAUGAUAUGGCAGCUGCCAUGAAAUCGGUCACAGAGCUGAAUGAAGCGCUCUCCAAUGAAGAGAGGAACCUCCUGUCUGUGGCCUACAAGAACGUGGUGGGAGCGAGGCGCUCGUCCUGGCGCGUCAUCUCCAGCAUCGAGCAAAAGACGUCGGCCGACGGCAACGAGAAGAAGAUCGAGAUGGUGCGGGCCUACCGGGAAAAGAUCGAGAAGGAGCUGGAGGCCGUCUGCCAGGACGUGCUCAACCUCCUCGACAACUUCCUGAUCAAGAACUGCAACGAGACGCAACACGAGAGCAAAGUGUUCUACCUGAAGAUGAAGGGCGACUACUACCGCUACCUGGCAGAGGUCGCCACGGGCGAGAAGAGAGCCUCGGUUGUGGAGUCGUCCGAGAAGUCGUACAGCGAGGCCCAUGAGAUCAGCAAGGAGCACAUGCAGCCCACCCACCCCAUCCGUCUGGGCCUGGCUCUCAACUACUCCGUCUUCUACUACGAGAUCCAGAACGCCCCCGAGCAGGCGUGCCACCUGGCUAAGACGGCCUUCGACGACGCCAUUGCUGAGCUGGACACCCUCAAUGAGGACUCCUACAAAGACUCCACUCUCAUCAUGCAGCUGCUACGAGACAACUUGACGCUGUGGACGAGCGACCAGCAGGACGAUGAGGGCGGCGAGGGCAACAACUAAAACAGGAAAAAGUCAAAAAUCCUCAUUCUGCCAAAUCAAAGCAAAAUGCGCGCUCACAAAUGACAACAAAAUAGUAAUUGUUAAAAAUUUCUUAAUUUAAAAUGAAAAAUAAAACAAAAAAUGACAAAAAACAUAGAAAACGGGAGGGCGGGGCGGGGUGGUGGAACAUCGGCCGCCGUCGUAGCCGACGGCACCUAUGCGGCUGCCGCUCUUUAUUUUUCAACAAACAAAAAGCAACAAAAAAAAAAAAAAAACAAUUGUAAAAGGUUUAGUUAGAGAAAUGCGCAACAAUUAUCAAAUAAAACUAAAUUACCCGAGAAUGACACUCCCUCCUCGACAGCCUCUGCAGCAUUUGCCGGAACACCCCGACUUCGGUCGCGAGAGGCACGUAGUCCAUCGUGGUGUUAACACGAUGACAUCACACCCUGCAGUGACUGAUCCCACCGCGCAAAUGAAGCCGAGCUGUCUCAACCGGGGAACAGUGUUCAGAAAUUCAGUUCUCGAUGCGUGAGCAGCAAGAAAAUUAGCGCAGCCUUGAAUGUCUUGGCCUUGCUUAGUGAAAGAGACGGACAGAGAGUCAGAGAGUAGACGGGUUCCAGGGAGGAGCUUGGGCUCCAUCGGGGUUUUAGACUUUAGAGAAACACAUCGACAUCUUUGUUGCUCCGUACCUGUGAUGGCUGAGUGAAGACGAGGUUGUUUCUACGGUUGAAGACAUG